CAUUCACAGGAGGGUUUAAUGCCUCUGCUGCAUAUUUGCGACCGGUUCCGAGCGUGGAAGAGCAAGGAGGGUAUAAAUAUUCUAGAGAUGGUUGAGGGGAACUCAGCACGCUAUGUUCUCCCUGCUUGCAUCGGUUGUUCUUCUUACUCUCUUGCGCCCCCAUCCUGCUGCUGGCGUGGCGGUCUCUGCGCCGUCCAAAGGUGGCAGGAAGGAAAACUUGAAAGAAUUCACUAUCGACCUCGUCAACAACGCUUUGGCGCCCGACGGUCAUCUUAGGAGUACAAUUGUUGCCAAUGGAACCUACCCCGGCCCGCCGAUCUUGGUUAACAAGAAUGACAUGUUGUCGAUUACGCUCCAUAACGACUUGGUCGAUCCCUCGAUGCGUCUUUCCACUUCAAUGGAUCUGGAUGGUAUUUUCUUCCCGACAGCAAAUUUGUGGAACGAAGGAUCUCCCUUUGUCACUACCUGUCCUAUUGGACCUGGCGCGUCUUAUACCUACGUUGUUGAUCUCAGUGAAUUCGGUCAAACUGGAACCUUCUGGUAUCAUAGUCAAUUGAGUAUUCAGUACAUUGAUGGAUUCCGUGGCCCGUUGAUCAUUUACGACCCCAAUGAUCCUUUGGCUCAUCUCUACGAUGUUGACGAUGAAUCCACUAUCAUUCAACUCGGUGAUUGGUGGCAUAACAGCACGCUUCCUAUGAUCCAACAAUUCGAGGCGACUGGAAUCAUUCCUGUCUCCGACUCUGGCACAGUAAACGGCAUCGGCCGCUUCAACGGCGGUCCCGAACUCGACUGGUCAGUGAUUAACGUCGUUCCGGGCAAGCGAUACCGAUUCCGCAUCAUCAACGAGUCGGCCCGGAAUGUCUUCACCUUCUCGAUCGACAAGCACAGUUUGACGGUCAUUGAAGCUGACGGAGAGGAGCUCACCCCUUCGGUGGUUGACAAAAUCGAUAUGUUAGCUGGUCAGCGAUACUCUGUCGUUGUCCACGCAAACCAACGUGUUGACAACUACUGGAUUAAUGCGCCAUAUGUUGGGGGUAGUCCUUUGAAUAACUUGAACCAAAACGCUACUCUGUCCCGAGCAAUUUUGCGAUACGCCGGUGCGCCCAGGCGGGACCCCACUACUCCCAUGACCCUCGGGCCAGCCAACGGGGUUUCUCUGGUCGAAGGCAACCUCCGUCCCCUAGUUCCAGAACCGGCCCCACCCGCCGACGUGAACAUCACGCUUGAGUUUGUUAACAUUGCCGGAAAAGCAAUUUGGAACGUCAACAACGUUUCAUACGUCCCUCCUGUGGUCCCGACCCUUAUGAAGGUCAUCGAGGGCGAAGUUGAGGCGUCCGACUUCAAUGAGACAGAGAACACCUUCAUCCUACCGGCCAACAAGACCAUCCAGAUUACAUUCCCACCUAACGACGAUGAUGACGCUCACCCGAUUCAUAUGCAUGGCAUGAACUUCUGGUUGAUCAAGUCCAACAGCACCGAAGAGAUUAACACUAAGGAUCCCAUCAAGCGUGACAUUGUUGCCGCUGGUGCUGCUGGUGCUAUGAUCAGGUUCAGAACCGACAAGCCUGGCCCGUGGUUCUUCCACUGUCACAUCUUCUGGCACUUGCAAGCCGGUCUCGCCACGGUGAUGUUGGCGGAUCCGGCUGACGCGGCCACGCAGAUCGAGCCUGAUGCGAUCUGGGACAGUCUCUGCCCUACGUAUGAUGCCCUUCCUGCGGCACAACAAUGAUAGCCUGAAACGAGGGAAGGACGAGACUUUGAGAAUUAAUAUCUAUUUUUGGAUGUGUAUCUUUCUGUCGGCGGUGUACUGAUGUAUAACAGGUGAAUAGUAAUUGUACAAUCAAAAUGCCAAAGCAAUUUUUAGGUUCAAAAGA